CAUCACACACACACUGACACAGAGUCAAGCGCAUUAAGGAAAUUAUUGAAACAUCUCUUUGUUUGGCGGAAGCUCGUUCAGCCUCCAGCGGCUCAUGGAGAGCGCAGCUCCGCUUGUCCGCACCGGGGACGCGCUGAUCGGAUGCCUUUCACCACAGCGGCGCCGUUAGAUGCUUUUCCAAUCAGGAUUAACUGGUUUUUGACCAAUGGCUCCCAAACAUGCGCUCCUCUCCAGCAGUGGCCCCGGGCUCCGAGGAGACACCUGUCCCCCCGCCUCCUCUCCUCCUCCUCCAUGGAGCCUGGAUCCAGCGGGGAUUCUGGCCGCCCGCACGCCGAGGAACGUGAAGGGGACGCGGGCGCUGAGUGGGAUGACGGCCCGGUGGUUUGUGGUACUGAUGCUGGUGAUGCAGAGCUGCGUGGCCGCUGACGCUGGUGACUCACCCCUGAACCCCGCAGCUGCCGCCAACCUCCCGUCCACCCCUGGAAUUGGACUCAGAAAAGCUGGCGCUGAAGACAAAGACGCCUGGUCUGCGGGGACAACGUUUGCCGAGGCCAGAACAGCGGUUUGGGCUGAAAGUGAAGCGGGAGCAGGUGGGGAAGUCUUUGCCGAGACAGGGAUUCUGACUGGAACCGGUGCUUGGGCUGAAGCUGGUGCUGGUGCCGAGUGGAGGCCUGCAGAGAGAGAGGGGGUCGACCUGCCAAACAUGCCCAGGGAGCAGGCUGCCUGGCUGGGUGAGCAGAGGCUGAGAAGGCGCGGAGGAGACCAACGAGAGGAGGUGGCGGCGUUUUCGUCAGUCUUUAGCGUGUUGGCGGAAUCGGCACCGGCGGUGAGGAAACCUCUGGGGCUGCUCUCCAAAGCUGCUUGGUCCAAGAGCAUGUCUUCGUCAUCAUCCAAAGCCUCCUCGUCGACGACCAAAUCGUCCUCUUCACCGGCAUCGUCCACAACCGCUAACAGAAAUGUUCAGACGGCAGCAGCAAACAACGCCUCUUUGUUUACUGUCAACAACACCAACAACAACAACAACAACUCCAACAGCAACAGCAACAGCAACAGCAGCAGCUUCACUUCGGAGGAGUCAGUGAGCAGCCUGCCAGCGUGGGACCUUCCCACCGUCCCAGAGUCCCUUCUGUCCACAGUGGGCGACCACGAUGUCACACUUCCCGCCAACAUCACCAGCCCGUUCUCCACCCACCAGUGGAACACCACAGCGCCCGCACGCACCAGAAACACCUCACGCCACAUGACCACGCCCACCACCGUCAUGAAGACAUCUCCACCAACAACAACCACCAACACCCCCACCAUCACCAUCACCACCACCACCACCGUGGUGUCACCUCUCCUGCUCUCCACCACAGUGAGAGCACAAACGCCACCAGAAGCCACCACAGCUUCAAACGGCACAGGCCAGGACACUGUGACCAGUGACAGCCUUCAGCUGACAACGGUAACCACGACAACGCCCUCGACGACCACUCCUACUGUGACCGACGAUGACGCGGCGGCAACCAACGUCAGCGCCGAAACGUCAGCGCCAAGUUCCACCACGCAGCUAACGACGACCGCACAGGCUACGACUCGACCGACAACAACCACCACAACCACACCUGCUCCUACUACAACCACGACUGAACCACCAACCACCACCACCACUACUACUACUACUACUGCUGCUCCCACUACUACAACUACUACUACUACCACUGCUGCCACCACAACUACUACUACUACUACAGCAAGUACAACCACAACAACAAAGGUUCCUGUCACCACCGUGACGCCACCUCUUACUACAACCACAGAACCUCCGUCCAGCACCACGGCAGAGGAGAGUCCGCUACCAUGCAACGUGACCCAGAGGUAUUGGGUCAGAACAGUUUUGUCCAUCGAGCUGCGCAGGAACCGCCUGGACCUGAUCCUGAAACAGAAUCUGUCUAAAGGGCUGAGUCACGCCCUGCAGAGAGCCCUGAACGACUCCACCGCCACAGCACAGGUGGAACACGACGACUGCAGCCCUAACAACGUCACCUUAGGUUACUACGUGACCGGCGGGAAAACCGUCUACGUGUCCUCGCUGGUGGUCGAGGCGCUCAACGUCUACGGCUUCGACAAACUGCUGUCGGACGUCAGGCAACACACGCCGCUGGUUAAGGCUGUUCUGGUUCCCGUGGCAACCUGGUUACCUGCGCACAGCAUUCACCUGCAGCUGAAAACAGUGCUGAGGUUCGUCGGCCCCACAGACAACAUCUACUCCUGCAGUUUCGUCCAGAUGUUGGAGCAGAGGCUCGGGAACGCCUUCGACGAAGCUCAGGACAAAGUGCUGGAGACGUACAACAGGCUCGCCGUGGAGAUCCAGAGUGUGUGGCAGGAGCCGGGCUCUCCGUCCGUCUCUCUGGUGUACGUGGUGAAGAACCAGGACUCGGUUCUGAACGGGACCAUAUCCAGCGGCCUCCUCAACCAGCUGACGGCGGAGCUGGUCGGCUACUUCCUGUACUACCCGCCGCUGGUCAUCGCUGAGCCCCUAGAAUACCAUAAUCUGAACACUUCAGCGGCAACAAAGAGCUACUGGGUGAUAACAGUGAUCCAGGAUGUGGACACGUCCUCUCUGGAGGCCAACUACCAGAGCUUUGCCAGUCUGAUGGAGCAGCGUCUGGCUGAGCUCUUCCUGGUCGCGGGCAGACAGGGUUCUCAGGCUGCGCGGUCGCGGCGCGCCACGACUGUGGGCGGAUACACUGUGCAGAUGGUGAGCAUGCGCCGGCUACCUGGUCCCAAGAACCCGGCAGAGAUGACGUACUACGUCCAGCGGAACGGAGCGCCAGUCUCCGGGACCAUGGCUGCCAAGACUCUCAGCAGUCUGGACUCCCAGACCAUGGCUUUGACUCUGGGAUACUUCGUACAAGUGCAGGCUGAACCUGUGGUAAAGACGCCGCCCAGCAACCUGUGGAUCAUGGCUGUCCUCACACCUCUCUUCCUGUUGAUGGUGGUGAUCGGCAUGGUCGCUUUCAUUGUGUGUAAGAGGAAUAGGGUCAUCUUCAAAACUGGCGCCUUCAGGUCCUUCAAAACACGCUCCAAGACGUCAUACCGAAGGGAAGGCAGUUACCACCACCAGCCUGUUCAGGGCUUCGACUACGCCAAGAAGCACAUGGGUCGGACGGGUGAGGACGCCGUCUCUGUUACCAAGGAAACGCUAGUGCUGGGGCUGCCGGUGCGAGAUGCUCCGCUGUCACUGUCUCUGGAUAAGAAGGUUCACCAGGACGGCACCGGCAGUAAGAGGCCUCCGUCUGCCGACGUGCACAAAGGAGGACGGUUGCCAAGUGAGGAGGACGGCUCGGUGUCGAGUAGCGGCUCGGGGAAGCUGAACACCAGCAAGAGCUCGACGGCCCGGCGGACGGCGACGGGCAGCGGCAGUGUCAAGAAUGGCAAAGAGGAGCUGCACAAGAGGAGCGGCAACGACCCAUAUGAAGACCAUUCCGGUUCCCUGCGUCUCAUCACCAUCAAACCCAUGACGGCACAGCCGACCUACUCCUACCCGUCCUCCUCCUCACACAGCCAGGACUCUGUGGUCGUCAACGGGGAGGCAAACCACGUUGGGUUGAAGCAGAAGUCGGACAUCGAGCACUACAGGAACAAACUGCGUCAGAAGGCGCGGAAGAAGGGCUACGGAGAGUUCUCGCUGUCUGAGACCGGCAGCCACGGUUACAGUCACCGCGACGCCAGGCACGGUCGCCAUGACGGCGGGCUCAAAGAGCCAAUGACCGCAGAGGAGAAGAGGGCCUCCUUCGCUGGAUGUCACAAGAGGUUCUCUCACCCCCGAGAGCCGACCUACUGGAGCAGACAGUCUCUGAGCAGCCCGAGUCCAGUGGAGACGGAGAUGGACCUGCUGGUGCUGAGAGAACGAUCCAGGAGAGGCAUCCGCAACAAUGGCUACGAUGGGGAACCGGAACCAUUCGAGGAGACUAACGUGGACCGUCUGAUGAGCUCCCUGGGCUACGGAGGUGGAUCCACCGGCACCGGCAGCCUCGGGGUGAAAGCUCACCGUGGCUCCGACUCCUCCACACUCAGCUCGCAGCCGUCCAUUGACGAGGUCCGCACACAGAUGCACAUGUUGCUAGGCAACGCUUUCAGCCUGGCACCUCCGGACCACGACCCGCCUUCCCCUCCAACCAACCGCCACCAUCACCACCACCACGCCCACAGCGCUUACAACCCCUCCCACACCAGCCACUACAGCGACGGAGUGACCAGCGCCCCGGGCACCAUGAACCAUCCGUGUGGGGGGAGACAGAGGAGCGCGGCCUACGAGGACAUGCACCAGUGUAGCCUGCCCAAACCGGGUUUCCGUUUCACUCAGCUUCCUGACAUGGGCAUCGGUUCUCCUCCGCCACUGAUCCCGUCUCGACCUGGUCCACCACCGGGGACCUCAAUACGACGUUCCACUCCUGACGUUAGUCUGAAGCCUCGCGUGUCGGAGGCCUCGGAACUCCAGGCCCAGCAGCACAACGGCGCCCCCUACCUGCCAAUGUCCAGGACCCCCUUCCCUGCAGUUACUGUUGACCAGUCCGUCACCACCUACUCAGGAAACCCAAUAACAGCAGUCUACGCGAUAUCAGCAAACCGCCCGGGCUACUCGGACUACUUUGUCAUGUCGCCGCCGUCCUCGUACCGUAGUCCGUCCUGGAUGUCCUACCCACCUGAGCCUGAAGACCUGCCGAGGCAGUGGAACGAUGUGCCGCAGAACUCACGUCACCUCGAAACCAUCUGCUGAAGUCGUCCAAAUCUGUGACAAGUUUCGGUGUCUUCUCUCUGGACAGGUAGAGGACCUUCUUCUCACUGAAGACUCUCUCUGUCCGUCUCUCACCUCCCUCCCUCCCUCCCCCAUCGACCACAUCGUACCACAGCUGCUCUUCUCUCCACUGGCCUCGGCCUCCAUCUGUAUCUUCUCGCAGACCAUUUCAUCUGCAGCUCUGAUCAGAGCUUCCACUCCUCUCUGUAUUCUGAGCCCUGAGCCCCGCCCACCAUCCCAGCUUUACUAGCUCCUCCAGUUUCCAUGUAGACUUCCUGGUCUUUGGUGGCCACCACUGAACAUCCAGAGGCCCCUCACUCUGCUGAACUGAGCUAAGCUAAGCUAAGCUGAGCUGAGCUGAGCUAAGCUGAGCUGAGCUGAGCUGUACUGUGCCUCCCUACCUGACAGCCCGCAUGCUGUGGACAAAACAGGGUGAGUACAGCACAGAGCGACGAGUUCUCCGCCUCGGCGUUUCAUCGUACAGUAACUGCCAUCUGCCCAGCACAGCAGCACUCCUCUGGAGCUGGAACAGAACUGGACCGGAACCAGACCGGACCGUGCCAUCAAAGACUAGCUCCGCUGUAAACGCCAGGAACGCUGGACUGACUAAAAAACUGUGCUUUUUAUUUGAUGAAUCCAAAUUCCUAUGUAAACCUUCUACAGCUGGUUAAUAUGUGUGUUUUAAACUUAAGUGACACAAAAAGAAUCCAAGGUAAAAAAAAAAAAGAAAAGACAAAAAACAAACAAACAAUCCUCUCGAGCCGUCUUCAGUUUCAGUUCAUGAAUUUUCUGUGUGCUUUUGUCUUUUAUUUUCGUGCAAUGGAUUACUGUACAAAAAAAGAUGUAGUGAGUGUUUCUCGGUCACUCGCUUUACUCCAAGGCAAAAAAAGAAAAAAUCCAUUCUGCUCUUUGAAGCAGACAAAAUGGCGGCUUAGUUGUCUGUGGUUCUGAUGGCAUUUCUGUACUUUUCAAAAGUGUUAACUUCAUUUGUUUGGGUUUUUUUUUCUUCCUUUUCUCGGAUUGGAUGACGAUCUCCGUUGACCACCUGACAAGUUUGCGUCCGCUGACAUUUGACAGACCUGAGACAAGAACACGUUCAGAUCCAUCUGUGGUUUGUGUUUGUUUGGUUUUUUUUCGACGUUUUUGCAGAUGUGAGCACAUCGGACACUCACAGAUUGAGUUGGAUCAGAAGUGAUUUUCAAUUUUCUUUCCGUUAGAAUCCUGUAAACUGGGGACGCAGCGAUAGUUGAGUGUCAUCUGCAAACAUGUUGACAUUUUUGCCGAUAAUGACACAGAUGUGUAAACUGAAAACAUUCUUGUUUUUGUAUUUAGUGGUUGAAAAACAAAGUAAAAAGGCCGUAGAACUAUUGUUAUUAGUGGAGGUGAAGGGCUGAAAUACUUUAAAGGUUCAACAUUAUGUAUCCAAUCGUACCGAGUCUGGCGGAGCGCUUUCUUUGGACUUAAACUGGGCCAACGCUGUGUGAUUGUUGGCCCAUUUUGAGCUGGUUUUUCCACUCAUGCUACUAUUGGGAUUUGGGAACCCCAUACCUGGGGUAUAUAACCCUCACGACCAGCUCCCAAUUGGCCAUCGUAUGAAAAUCAAAACCUGUUUGACAUGUUGAUUUGCCCCUCAUGAGGGUAUCACACUGUUGAAGGAGAACCACGAGUCGACUCACCUGAUCCUCGGUGGGUUUUCCGUCAUUGCGCGAACACAGAACCUAACGUGACGUCAAGUGCAAGCGUGCGUCUUAAAGGCUCGACUUUACAGUUCCGGGUACGCCGGGGAGUCCAACGCGUCGUGUAGUGUGAGCAGUCAGGUCGUAUAUGCGCAUUGGACCUUUAAAGUGUGCGCACAUAAAUUGUGAGCUUUUUAUCGCACAGUUUGAGUUCCAGGCUAACAAAGCGAUCGCAGAAAAGUUGCACAGCGUAUGCCCGGCUUAACUGUCAGUCAUGUACGGGUCACCCUGAGCUUAGAACUUUCAGAAAACUAGUCUAGUGGAAUUUGUAUUUAGUUUAUUCAUCCAUUCGUUCAUUCAUUCAUUCACCUUCCACCGCUUUAUCCUUCACAUGAGGGCUGCUGGUGCCAAGCCCAGCUGACAUAGGGUGAAAGGUCAAAGGUCAAACUCUGGCCAGGUCGCCAAAUGUUGUAUAUUGAACCUUUAAAACAUUUUCAAAUGUAUUUGUGUCCCUCUACACAAAAGAAAGACGGGAAACAUCGGUGUCAGUAUCGGACAAACGUUUUAUUCUAUUUCAAUAUCGGUAUCUGUAUCGGCGCAGACUUUUACAUUGGUGCAUCAUUAAUGUGAACUUAGGAAAACUAUUCUUUUACUUGAAAUCUGUCAACUGUAUUUUAUUGUGUAAGGAACUUUGGCUCGUGGGUUGUUUUCGGUCUCGAUGGCGACGGAUGAACGCGCGGUCGUUAGAAGAUGAGAUGCGCCAGGGCUCAGCUGAGCCGCCAUACUGUAUGUAACGGUUAAAUGUAUUCAUGUAUAUAGCAGAUGAUUUAACAAAGAGGUUUAUGCAAGAAGGGUGGGAGGGACAUGUUGCUUGACAUUGUUCAGAUGCCAUUUUUUUUAUAUAUAUAUAUAUAUACUUCUCAGUGUUCAUGAU